AUGGCAAAGUUUAAGCGGACAGAUAAGAACAGGAGCUUAGAGAGUUUGUUGGACUUGGACAAAUCUGCACAAUUGAAUAAGAUCAAUGGUAGUAGUAAUUUGGCGAGGCAGCCAACUCGGAAGCUAAUUCCAGGACAUGGUCUUGAGUUCAAUAAUCUGUCUUAUAGCGUCACCAAAAAAGUAAAGAAAGAUGGUGUUUUGAUCAACAAAGAAGCUUAUCUUCUUAAUGAUAUUUCUGGACAAGCCUUGAGAGGUGAAAUCAUGGCUAUUAUGGGACCUAGUGGUGCUGGAAAAUCUACUUUUCUUGAUGCUUUGGCUGGUCGAAUUGCUCGUGGAAGUCUUGAAGGAACCGUUAGAAUUGAUGGCAAACCAGUGACAACAAGUUACAUGAAGAUGAUCUCCUCCUAUGUAAUGCAAGAUGAUCAGCUCUUUCCUAGGUUGACAGUUUUCGAGACUUUCAUGUUUGCAGCUGAAGUCAGGCUUCCACCUUCAAUAUCUAGAGCCGAGAAGAAGAAAAGAGUUCAUGAACUUCUCGAACAAUUAGGCCUAACGAGUGCAACACACACGUACAUAGGAGAUGAAGGAAGAAGAGGAGUGUCAGGGGGAGAACGUCGGAGAGUCUCAAUUGGGAUUGACAUAAUCCAUAAGCCAUCUCUGCUGUUUCUUGACGAACCUACCUCAGGUCUUGAUUCUACGAGUGCUUUUAGUGUAGUUGAGAAAGUGAAAGACAUCGCUAAAAGUGGUAGCAUAGUUCUCAUGACCAUCCAUCAGCCUUCUUACAGAAUCCAAAUGCUCCUUGAUCGCAUCACAGUCCUUGCGAGGGGAAGACUUGUAUAUUUGGGAAGUCCAACAGGAGUAGCAGCUUUUCUAGCUGGUUUUGCAAGACCAGUUCCAGAUGGUGAAAACAGCUUAGAGUACCUCUUAGAUGUGAUCAAAGAGUACGACGAAUCAACUGUGGGGCUUGAUCCCCUUGUCUUGUAUCAAAAGGAUGGCAUCAAACCUGAUCAAGCUGCAAAAACCCCUCUCCGAAAACCACCCAAAACACCAAAAACUCAUCGUACUCCUUAUGCAAAGUCACCCUGGACUAAACAUAUCAGCCUUCGCAGCUCUCAUUUUUCGGCCAAUGGAAACAUGAAUUCCCAAAGAGAUCCUAAAGAUCAGUCUGAAUCUGACAUUAAUAAUUAUGGUUAUGAUGAUGAGGACGAUGAGGAAGAUUUUGAUAACUCGUUGGAACGUAAGGUACCACAAACACCUAUGAGUAUGCAGAGUGGGAUUCAUCCACGUUUGGCUUCUCAUUUCUACAAAGAUUUCUCAGUUUGGUUAUACAAUGGUGUUAAAGGAACUCCUCGCCGUCCACCAACAUGGAAUAACAAUGGAGCACAAACACCUUUUUCAGGUUUUAAAUCAAGCAUGUCCUCAGGUCAAUUCUCAAUGACUCAACAAACACCUUCACGUCAUGUUAUAACUCCAGCACCUUCAGCAAUCUUUACUCCGGGACGAGAAGGAAUGGAUCACUCAUCAUAUAAUCCAUCUUAUGAAGAAGUGUUUGAAAUUGAAGAAGUACUUGAUGAGCCAAUUCAUAGGCAAAAAUUUGCAAAUCCAUGGAUUAGAGAAAUUUUAGUACUCUCGUGGCGUACCACAUUGAACGUGAUUCGCACUCCUGAACUCUUCCUCUCUCGUGAAAUUGUCUUAACAGUCAUGGGCCUUGUCCUAUCUUCCUUCUUCCAAAGACUAAGUCAUUUCAACUUCAAAACAAUCAAUCACCUCCUCAACUUCUACAUUUUCACCAUUUGCCUAGUCUUUUUCUCGUCGAAUGAUGCUGUUCCUACUUUCAUCCAAGAAAGAUUCAUCUUCAUUCGCGAGACAUCUCAUAACGCUUAUAGGGCAUCUUCUUAUGUCAUUUCUUCCCUAAUCGUCUACCUCCCCUUCUUCGCGAUCCAAGGCUUCACAUUUGCUGGCAUAACACAAUACAUUCUUCGCCUAAAUAGCAGCAUUCUUAGCUUUUGGCUUAUACUUUACUCCUCACUCAUAACUAGCAAUGCAUAUGUGAUGUUAGUUAGUGCACUUGUUCCAAGUUAUAUCACGGGGUACGCGAUUGUUAUAGCUACCACAGCUCUUUUUUUCCUUACUUGUGGAUUCUUCUUGAAGAGAACUCAGAUUCCUUUGGUUUGGAGAUGGCUGCAUUAUAUUUCAGCAAUCAAAUAUCCAUUUGAAGCAUUGCUAAUUAAUGAAUUUAAAGGCACAAAACAUUGUUACAAUGGUGAUAUUGCAGAUCUUUCACCUGGUCCUUUAGGUGAUGUGAAGAUUAGUCCAUUGCAUAAUACUGCAAUUUCUAGAGGUGAUUUGCCACAAAAUUGCACGUUGAUUGGAGAAGAUGUUCUGUUUUCUAUGGAUAUUACAAAGGAAAAUAUAUGGCUGGAUAUUGUGAUCCUAUUGGCUUGGGGAGUUCUUUAUCGUCUUUUCUUCUAUGUUGUUCUUAGGUUUUAUUCAAAGAAUGAAAGAAAAUAA